AUGAUUGGCUCGACUACAUUGGUUCCGUACACAUGUCUAUCAUACACCUGGGGGCCGGACGAGCCCGAGCUUUCCAUGUCAGUCAUCCAUAUUGAUGGGGAACCAAUGCGUGUCCGAGACAAUCUUCACGAUUUCCUCAUUUGCGCCGGUUCAAAGUUAAAGUGUUUCAAGACCUGGUGGUGGAUUGAUGCAAUUUGUAUUGACCAGGAGAAUGUCGUGGAGAAGAACGAUCAGGUCCAGAAGAUGGGCGAGAUCUACCGGAGUGCUGAGUCGGUUAUUUCCUGGCUGAGCUGCAAGUCAUUGGGAGAGUUUCGAAAUGACCUUGAGCUGAUGCGGCAGUAUAUGAAUGAAUACAGACACCAGUACAAAGUGAAGACGACACAGGACGAGGAGGACGACUGGGAGUCGACUUCUGGUGAGGAAGAUGAGGGUGAUGAUAUACUUCCAUGGCAGCAAUAUUUCGCACGAGAUGAGAAUCUCACCAUCGACUUCAUUGUGCUACUGGCUCAUGCAAUGGCUAACAACUACUGGAAGAGAGCCUGGAUAGUACAAGAGGUUCGACUGGCACGCAAGAACUAUGUCUGGGCCGGUGAUGCAGAGAUAGAGCUUCAGCUGUUAAAUGACCUACAUUCGUGGGCUAGAAGAGCUGUCAGCUUCUGCGAGAGGGGUGGUGACAGCCACAGACUUCGCGCACGAUGGGCCGAUGCCUUAGGCUACGGAUCGCUCGUGAAAUAUUUGCAUUCCGACCCGCGUUUGCCAGGAGCUCGCCAUCACAGACGCCUCAUUGAUCUGGUACGCGACUAUUCUGGUGCAGAGUGCUCGGAAAUUCACGAUCGGGUAUAUGCACUUCGUGCUCUUGCCACCGAAGGUACCGAUAUCAGAAUCGACUAUGCUCAAAGCUGCACGUCUCUGCUUUUUGAAUGUCUCUGGGCACAACGGGUCGAUAUUUGUUUAUGCUCGGCAUCUGUACUGAUGGAUAGGCUCGAACUCAAGGAGUACCCAGACCACGACAUGAUUGCUCUCUUAGCUGCGAAGAGUAAGAUCUGGGAACCUCCCUCCCCCCUGAGUCAGCCCUACUUUGAGAUCAAGUUCGAGGGUCGACGCCUGACUAGAUCUCCAUUGAGCAUGGUGCCCGAUUGCGAGAUUUCGUGGUCCCUUACAGAAACCACGAAAUACUGUAUAGCUCUCGCCUGCCAAUGCUCGUCAGCGUAUCUACCCAAGUAUUGGAUACACCGUGCUGGAUAUGUUGUGUGUCUCGGUGGACGUAUGUCCUGUGGUCUCAACAUACCAAGCAGACACUUGUUUUUGGACGCAGUUGGACAGACGGAUGAUGCCUACCAUUCUGGUAAGAACGCUAAGGCACCUGUCUACACUGUGGAGUUUGUGGAUUCUUUGGAAGGUGAAGGUAUAUACGGGGCCUCGCUCGUGCUAGACAAGGUGGCUAGUCAACAACAGGGGCAGAAGAAGCCUACCCAAUCGUGUAGGUUGCGAUUAACUGCACCAGCACUGAUGGCGCUUAUGAGGCAUCGAGGCAAAGUGCCGGCUGAUUGUGAGGGUGGCAAGGACAUAGAGUACAGAAUCCUCUUCGACUUUGAGCCGGCACGACAUGUUCCGUCUGAACUGUACCUGGCCUAA